AUUCGGAAUUAGGUUUAAAAAUAGUACAGUCAUUCCUUUUGAGAAGUCUUGUUCUGGCAAUUGCAAAUUGCAAUGGUCUUGAUAAGUCUCUCCCACAUGAUCAAAACCACGAGAAUUUGGUGUAUUCCAUGUCCAAAUUUGUCUCCACAUCCACAACUCUUCUUGACUUAGUCAAAUCACUACAAUCCUCUCUCUCUCUCUCUCUCUCUCUCUCUCUCUCUGAUUUGCUCUAUAAAGAGAGAGGAAGACAAGUUUUAUUUUAAGGAGGACAGCAGAAAGAAAACAUAGUUAAGGAGAUGACAACUGAGUUUGAAUUUUUAAAACUAGAGGUCUUCUCUUACUAUUCUAACUUUUAGCCUUAAUGGUUGCUUAUCUACCUUAUAACUUUGAUUUCUUAAUGUUACUGCAGAGAUGUGUUUUAAAAGUGAAUAUGCACUGCCUGGGAUGCGUCCAAAAAGUAAGAAAACUCCUCAGAAAAUUAGAAGGUGUAUACACUGUAACCAUUGACGCUGAACAACAGCUGGUCCUGAUCAUAGGCAGUGUGGAUUCUGCAACUUUGAUCAAGAAGUUGGUAGAAUCUGGUAAAUAUGCAGAGCUUCAUUCUCCAAGUCCCAACCAACUAGAAUUUGGAAUGAACAGAUAUCAAAUGGAAAACAACCAAACACUAAGCCUAAAUAACGGCCCCACUGCCUCUAGAGCUCAGCAUGAUUUCCCCACAUCCUUUUGUGGUGAAGAAGAACGUGAAUGGGGAUCUGAGUUGUUUCAAAGCCAACAUACAGGAAGAGAAGCAAUAACUGGUCAGUACGAUAAGAAUUUCAUUUCGGCAACAGUGGAAGAAAACAUGCUUAUGGGCAGUGAUGGUAUUGGUGGUGGUUUUCUUGGUUUUGGGAGCCAUGAAUAUGGUGCAUUUCAAGAACUCAAUGCAUGGCCGUCAGUGAUUAAGGAUGAUGAUUUACCACCACUGAUCAAUACUAAUAUGCAGGCAUACUAUAACAGUGACUCGCUAAAUUAGAUAAUGAAUAGAUAACUAUAAUAUACAAUAUAUGAGUGCAACAUGAUUAACUCGAUUCAACCCCAGAUGAUGAUGAUUAACCCCUCUUCACUGAGUUCUUCAUAUUCUGACUCGUCUUUUAUGUUUGGAUCUGCACCACCCCUGACUAUUACAUGUGGGAAUGUAAAUAAAUGGUCCAAAAGAGAGCACAGAUUAAGAUAAACUAUACAUUCUUAGCAUAAUAUGUAUAUGUUUUGCGGGUUGGUAUGAAAUAUACUAGUCUCACGCUGAACAGAUAGGGCUAGCCGCACCAAAUGUAAAUGCAAGAAAAAACUGCAAACAUUUAACUAAGAAAACUUCCAUGGUCAAUGAGAAUUAUUUGUAGCCAGACAGUCAAAGUCAUAUUAAAGGGAAAAAAAUUAGAUCCGUUUGGCAUUGUUUUUUAUUUUUUGUUUUUUGUUUUCAGAAUAACAGAAAACAGCUUUUGUAGUUUAAAAAAAAAAACAUGUGUUUGGUUAAUGUUUUCUAAAAAUAAUUUUUUUAUUUUAUUUUUUUUAAAUCUUAAAUAAAAUAUUAAUAAAUAUAUUUACAGAGAGAUAAAUGUUUUAAAAAUUUGCAAUAAAUAAUGAGAUAAAGUAAUGUGAAAUAAAAAAUUAUGAAAAAUAAGAAGAGAGAAAGUAAGGAGAGAAAUUUUGAGCAAGAAAAAUUGAGAAUUCAUAUUGAUGCAAGAAAAAAUAUUAGAAAGAACGUGAUGAGAUGGAAAAUGGCUAGAUAGAAAAAAUGAUGAGAGAGAAAAUCAAGAUAUAAAAAAUGAUGAGAGAGAAAAUAAUAAGAUAAUAAGUGAUAAGGGAGAAAGUGAUGUUAGAGAAAGUGAGGAGUGAUAAAUUAAU